UACUCAAACCUUGCCAAGUCCUGCCCCAACUUCGGGGCAUUUGAACUUGUCCACUGAGCAGAGAGAGGGUCGCCUUCUCCUCACACGCACCCCUCCUAGGCAGGCCCAGCCAAAGAGCAUCCCACUCAGGGACCACCUUUUUUUCCACUGAGAUCCCGCUCUUCCGCCUCCGGGGCGGAGACUCCUCCCCUCGCAGUCCCAGUUGUGUUCCCUGGAAGAGCCGCCGGAACCGGCACCAGCGAGAAGCCGGGUCCUCGCGUUCUAGGAACCGUUCAGUCCUGGAGCCGAGAGCCCCACCCGGAAUUCGGCGGCUGCGUGGCUUCAGCACCGCGGACAGCGCUCCGUCUGCAGCCCCUAGUGUCUGCGGCGAAGCCGCGCUAUACUGGCCGCAUGGCCCGGCGCUCCAGCUUUAUGGCGCUGCUGCUCAGCUUCGGCCUUCUCUGGCUGUGUUCAGAGGUUUUGGCUACCGACACAGAGGAGCGGCUAGUGGAGCACCUCCUGGAUCCCUCCCGCUACAACAAGCUGAUCCGUCCAGCCACGAACGGCUCGGAGCUGGUCACUGUUCAGCUCAUGGUGUCCCUGGCCCAGCUUAUCAGUGUGCAUGAACGGGAGCAGAUCAUGACCACCAAUGUCUGGCUGACCCAGGAGUGGGAAGAUUAUCGCCUCACCUGGAAACCUGAGGACUUUGACAAUAUGAAGAAAGUCCGGCUCCCUUCCAAACACAUCUGGCUCCCAGAUGUGGUCCUAUACAACAAUGCUGACGGCAUGUACGAGGUGUCCUUCUACUCCAAUGCUGUGGUCUCCUAUGAUGGCAGCAUCUUUUGGCUACCGCCUGCCAUCUACAAAAGUGCGUGCAAGAUUGAGGUGAAGCACUUCCCGUUUGACCAGCAGAAUUGCACGAUGAAGUUCCGCUCAUGGACCUACGACCGCACAGAGAUCGACCUGGUCCUCAAAAGUGACGUGGCCAGCCUGGAUGACUUCACACCCAGUGGGGAGUGGGACAUCAUUGCGCUGCCAGGCCGGCGCAACGAGAACCCAGACGACUCCACCUAUGUGGACAUCACCUAUGACUUCAUCAUUCGUCGCAAGCCGCUCUUCUACACAAUCAACCUCAUCAUCCCCUGCGUGCUCAUCACCUCGCUGGCCAUCCUGGUCUUCUACUUGCCCUCGGACUGUGGUGAGAAGAUGACACUUUGCAUCUCUGUGCUGCUGGCGCUCACGGUAUUCCUGCUGCUCAUCUCCAAGAUUGUGCCUCCCACCUCCCUCGAUGUUCCGCUGGUGGGAAAGUACCUCAUGUUCACCAUGGUGCUUGUCACCUUCUCCAUCGUCACUAGCGUGUGUGUGCUCAAUGUACACCACCGCUCGCCCACCACGCACACCAUGGCUCCCUGGGUCAAGGUGAUCUUCCUGGAGAAGUUGCCCACCCUGCUCUUCCUGCAGCAGCCACGCCACCGCUGUGCCCGUCAGCGCCUGCGCCUGAGGAGGCGCCAGCGGGAACGAGAAGAUGCAGGCGCUGUCUUCUUCCGUGAGGGCCCUGCCGCUGACCCAUGCACCUGCUUUGUCAACCCCACGUCAGUGAAGGGCUUGGCUGGGGCUUUUGGGGCUGAGCCCACGCCUGCAGCUGGCCCGGGGCACUCGGCAGGGCCUUGCAGCUGCGGCCUCCGAGAGGCAGUGGACGGUGUACGCUUCAUUGCAGACCACAUGCGAAGUGAGGAUGACGACCAGAGCGUGAGGGAGGACUGGAAAUAUGUUGCCAUGGUGAUCGACCGCCUGUUCCUCUGGAUCUUUGUCUUUGUCUGUGUCUUUGGCACCAUCGGCAUGUUCCUGCAGCCUCUCUUCCAGAACUAUACUGCCACUACCUUCCUCCACCCUGACCACUCAGCUCCCAGCUCCAAGUGAGGCCUCACUCGUCUGCAGCUCCUCCCCGUGUCCCCUGGGGUUCAAUAGUACUGGGUGGAAGAUGGCUCCAUCCCCACUCCUCUGAAGACCUGUUUCACACACCCACUCACGUAGCCCUGCAGCCUGGAGGCUGUGCCAGCUGCUCUCCUUCCCCUCCUGAGCUAGUCCAGGCAGUAGUGACAAUGGUGGGAGCUAAGGAUGGUAAGUAGAAGUCAGAGGAGGAGGGGCCAAGAAAGGGACAGAGUUAUCUAUGGCCUCCAAGUCAUGGGAGAAGAGGAGGUGAGAAGAGGGGCUCAGAUCCUCCAGCCAGGCUGACAGUGGAGACCGCUGAGAUAGAUGUGGGGGAGUGUGGGCCAAUAGUUGGCACCCGGCCUCUUAUGUGGACAGCAGCUGGUCUGGAAGGAUCGCAGUUUCAGGCGGUCCUUCUGAGAGCUUCCCGGGGAGCUUCAGCUUAGACUCUCCAGAGCCCAGCUCCAAGGCCACAGACUGCUGGACAGACACAAGAACACUGUGAAGUGAACGGCCCCUCGGAAUACUUCCCAGCCAUCAGGGGCGCUCCUGGGCAUCUCUGUUUGGUGGCAGGAGGGACCUCCUCUUACUAGAACAAGAAAUUGCCUAUAGAAGGCCUCCCUCUCCAAACUUCCAGCCCUCUGGAGGGCAGAACCACUGCAGGCUCCAGGCUCAGAGACCCCACCAGCUGCUGCUGUGCCCACCUUGACUAAAGUAACUGGCUGUCAACUACCUCCUGUAACUGGCUGUUGAGGAAAUUAGACGCCAGGGCCGGCAAGGUCAGUGAACAGUUUGUCCGACGCUUCUCUGUGUAUUGUUGAACAUAUCAGGCAAACAGUGCCCAUCUUAGAACUUGCUUUCAGCAUCUGUACAGUGGGAACCGAGGUUGGCAGGGCUGUGAUGGGUGGGAAGGACCUGUGUGGGAAAAGGAUCCUGAGGAAAUGCUGUCCCUCCCAUUGGGUGUAAUCUUUUGAAGAAGAGACCGCAACAAGGGAGGGGAGGUAAGAGGCCAUCAUGUGUCAGAGCAAUGUGAGCCCUAAAAGAUACUAGGAGGCUUUGGGGGAAACUCAGUCCCUGCCACUUUGUGGCUUUCUGUCUCUACCCUGGGAGACUCCUUGCCUCCUCCAUGAAGCUGUCUCUGAAGAGAAUCAGGUAACUGGUUUGUUGAGCCUGCAUGGGAAUCUGGGACAGGGUGGCCUAGGAGUGGCAGUGAAGAACGGAGUUGGGGAUUCCCAUCAGUGACCAGGCUCCAGCAAGCUGGCGACCACCUUGGCCUGGAAACAUGGCCCAUAGACUCCCUGCCACUGUGGAGACCUGCCAGUCUGGAGCAGCUGGUGCCAAGGGUGAGGAAAGCCAAAACAAACAGAACACAGGACCCUCCAGAGUUUUCUUUUGUUGUUGUUGUUUUUGGGUUGGAGAUUAAAUGGAAAAGAAGGACUUCCUUGUAAGGAACAAGAACAAUGAGGGAUUGGGCACUGUACCUAUGCUCCUUUGACAGUCCUGAGGGAAGCAAGCUCCAGAGAGAGCAGGAGCAGCAGCAGAACAUGUCUUCAGAGAGCCUGGUACCUGCUCCCUGCCAAUCACCUUGGCCUCCUGGGGAGGAAAGCCAAGGCCUUUAGAGCUGCCUGAACUGUCCCCUAAGCAGAGUGACACGGUCCCUGUCUAUUGUCACCCUCUGCUUCCAGGCAGAAAUGGCUGUUGAGUCCCUCUUACGUUGGCCAGCUUCCCACUCACCAAACCUAACUGGACAGAACAACGGUCACUUUGUAGUAAUUAUCCCAUCAUGUCUAAGAAGUCGGUCAGUGUGCUGGUCAUGUGCUUCCCAAAGGACUAAAACUUUGGGAACUGGCAGGUUCCUCACCCACCCGCAUCCAGUACACUCAUCUCUAUGCCAUCUUGGCAUGCCCCUGUCUCCACUCUCAGAGUAUGUGCAGUGGUCCACAUCACUUUCCCUAAACCUACCGUCCCCACUCCUGCUGCCCACCCCUGUAGCUGGACUCAUUCCUCUUAAAAUUGUUUUUAAAUAUU